AGCAGUUAUCUCCCGCAAGGCUGGCAUGCACCCCCAAAGGGGGGCAUGACCACGCCUCUAGCUAGUUCUUGGCACCAUCACGGUCCUGCUAGCAGCGACCGAUGGGUGCCUGUGUUCAACGAGCAGAUGCCGCCCACGAGAUCGAUUUCGGCAGCGAAGCAUCAGCCAAUGAGCAGUUGAGCACCAUGUGGGUGAUCAAGGUGAUGGACGUGAUGAGAUUGAGAUGUCCCGCACCAUGUCACCAAGAUCUCAAGGCGGCGGGGAAACUAGUUCCCUGCACGCCGGCAUUCUUUACCAUCUUUGUGUCUCACCAAUGGCUUGGCCGACGGCAUCCAGAUCGUACAGGAGCACAAUUGCACGUGCUGCAGAGCUCCCUAGCCAACAUCAUUGAGGGCAGGCUUCGGGUGGAGCAGGACGUGCACUCCCAACUCGCGGGGCAUUCCACAACCCUAUCUGCUGAAGAACGUGCGCGGUUACAGGACGGCUACAUAUGGAUGGACUGGUUCUCUGUUCCACAACAGCUUGAGUUCGAGCAGGAUGACGAGGAGGAUUGCGGUACUUCCUCAUGGACAUCAAGCAAUGAGGCAAACUUGUGCAUCGCAUCGAUUCCAGCAUAUGUUGAGGCGUGUCAGAUCUUUCUGGCCCUUGUUCCUAGCCUCGAGCACGAGGGCGGCUCACCAGUGAAUUACAGCACGUGGCUUCAGCGUGGAUGGUGUCGCGCAGAGAUGUGGUGCAAACUUCUUUCGGACCGCAGCGCCGUUCCUAUCGUAGUUGUCACGGACACUGAGAGGGCCCACUUCGAGCAGCCGAUGCUUUGGUUAAGGUCUCCGGUGCAUUCGGGAGACUUCGGCAUCGAUAGCGACCGGGAGAAGGUGAACCGCUUCAUCUGGAAGGCGCUCGACCUGAAGCUGGCCAGGCUUGCCAAGCGCAAGGAUCUGAAGCGCUUCCGCUUUUUCGCUGCGAAAGCAGCUUUUUUUCUUGGAGAUCCCACCAGCUGCCGUUCACAAAAGGAUUUUCUCGAGCAUUUCAUGUUCGACUCUUUUCAAGCGGCGGUGCAACAAAGAGGUUUUACUGCGGUCCAUUGCGCCGUGCUCGCGGGGGAUACUUGCAUGCUGAAGGAGCUGCUGCAGGCAGGGGCUUCCCCGGCAGCGAGAUGUCCGGGGAUGGUGGAGGUGGAUAUUUCUGCAGGUGCUACUGCUCUGCACCUUGCCGCUUGCGGAGGGCAGCGUUGCGAGAAGGUGCUCGAGAUGCUGCUGAAACAAAAAGCUGAUCCACGCAGACCAGACAAAGUUGGCGUCCAUCCCCUGGGAUUUUGCCUCACCUCUUGGGCUGUGGAUCUACUCCUUCAGCAUCGAGCGGACGUGAACGGCAGUUCCACGCCGAGUAACGCCUCGCCACUCUGCGUGGCCUGCUACCGCCUAGCGCCACCUGGGGUGAUCGCCAAGCUCUUGGAGUCUCAGGCCGACGUGCACGGCUCAGGUGGCCUAGGCGUCACACCUUUGAGCCUCAUGAUUUUCUUCUCCCACGGCAACCCGCAUUGGAAGGAGACAGCAGACCUGCUCAUGGACGCUCAGGCGGAUCCCAACAAGCCGAUUCAGCUCACUGGCCUUUUCCGGCUCUUCCAGCUGGCGUGCCAAGGGUGGCUGAUGGUCCGAAAGGAGUCUCCCUUGAUCGUGAAGAUCGCAGCCGAAGCCAACACCACGCCGCUGGGCCUCGCGGCGCUGAUUGGCUCGGACACCAUGAUGCAGUACCUUCUGGACGCGGGGUCUCAGGUCCACAUCCGGAACAACCGCAGCAAGACUCCAAUGCAGCUGGCAUCCAACACUCGAGUUAAAGAGCGUCUAAGGGCACAUAUGAUGCAGAUGCGCGAGGAGUUUGGUAUGCCCCAGCAGUUGAGUCCUACUGGGAGCUGGAACUCGGAAGCCGCGAUGACCGACGCUUCCCUUACCCCAGGCCACGAGAUCCCAAGUCAGGUUUCAAAGGGCAGCCUCUCAAAGAUCUACAAAGAGACUUUGCCGGAGAUCGAAUACCUGCCCAACGGCGUGAUGGCCAUAACCUUCUGACUGGAGCCAUUCGACAUGUUCGACAGUGCCCGGAUCGAUCCCUAGACGGGAUGUAUUUGUGCUGUAUCGCACAGCGCCGGUUAUGCCAAUAUUUAGGCUGCUUCAAACAUUUGAAGGCAGAUUGGGGAAAUGGGGCAUGAUGGGGUUGCCUCUCUCAGCACACCCCGCUGCAGAUUGACAAGCGGCCCAAACCUGAAAUGGGC